AUGUCACCAGAACACUCGGGGUUCAUGUCGCAUGGCAUCCGUGAGCCAUUGACCAAUCGAAUCAAAGGAAUCCUAGACGAGUAUCCUGACGGUACACAGAUUGCCCGAGAACUACUCCAAAACAGUGACGAUGCCCGCUCAACCGUGCAGUGGUACCUCCUCGACCAUCAUGACUACAACAAGGAGGCACCAGAAACGGCGAAUGGCACCGAGUCGUCCAAGCUGCGACUCUUCCAUGACGACCUUCAGGAAUACAUGGGGCCAGCUCUCCUUGCUGGAAGUGAUUCGGUCUUUGAGGAGAGAGACUUUGACUCAUUGAAGAGUUUGGCUGCAAGCAAGAAACUCAUGGACGAGUCCAAGAUUGGACAGAUGGGCAUUGGAUUCAACAGUAUCUACCAUUUGACAGACUGCCCAUCGUUCAUCACUGGGGACCAGUUUAUGGUGAUCGAGCCCCACGAGCGUAUCUUCAAUGGGAAGAAGUCAAAAUUCAUUGAGGGUGCGGUGAAAGGCAACUUUGUCAAGAACAGCCAAGGAGUCAACGACUUUCCAGAUCAACUUAGGACAUUCUCAGUACUGGAGGACAUCGACUUUUCAAAGCCCUACCCUGGAACUGUCUUCCGGUUCCCGCUCAGGACAGAGGAACAGGCAGAGAAGUCCGACAUCUCCAAAUAUGGAUAUACCCCCAACAAGGUACUGGAGAUGUUGGUCAAGUUGAAGGAGGAGGCGUUGAAGGCCCUGUUGUUUUUGAAGCAUGUGGAAAAGAUUAUCAUCUAUGAGCGCAAGAAGAACCAGGACAAGCCAACAAAACUGUUCCAGAUUGAGAUUGUCAACACAGUGGAGGUCAGGAAAGAGCGGCUCAACCUUCUCAGUAGCCUCAGGGCACACGUUUAUCCAGACCAGUCAGCAAGCCAUGAGGAUAUUCUCAACUACUCCGUGAGACCGACUUACAGGAUCACCCAGGAGGACGGUUCAACAACAGAAGAAACAUGGCACAUCAGCACACUGGUCGGCAAUAUGCUCAAAUCACGAGAGUACAUGGUGGCGCGGACAGAUGGAAACAUCAACAACCACAAACUGAUCCCCUGGGUGGGUAUCGCAGCACCAACGGACCCAGAUGUCAAGAUUGACACCUCUCGCCUCUUUUGUUUCCUACCCAUCGGAAUCCAACUGCCGUUCCCGGUUCACAUCAAUGGACAUUUUGCAGUCAAGCAGAGCCGACGCGAGAUCUGGACCAACCAAGACAACGACUUUUCGAGCCAAGCUUCAGCCAACAUCAAGUCGCUUUGGAACGUUCAUCUUUUCGAGAAGCAGGUCCCGGAGGUCUAUGCCAUGUUUCUGGAGGAUGUGAGUCUGGACCAUGGAACCGGCUAUGACUUGUGGCCUACCUCUUGCGGUGAAGGUAUUGGACUGGAUACGAUCUGGAAGGACCUGCUCAAGGACGUUCUCAAGGUUGUUCUCACUCAGGAUCGCAAGGUCUUUGUUUGUGGUUCCAAGGCCAAGGACAGUUGCUAUAUCCGCCAAUACUCGACACUUUACAUUGCAGGACGCGACAUUGACCGGUACCCACAUCUUAGGGAGUCGCUUCACACAAUGGUCAACCUUGCGGAAGGAAUUCCCAAUGUCAUCCUUAGAGAGAUCGCCUCCCUUAUUCCGACACUUGGACUCGACAAAGUUAUCCUCACCCCUGCGCUUGUUAGGGAGAUCCUCUUCGACAAUGAGGAGCAGUGGUCAUCAACCGCAGAUUCUGCAACGCGCAUUGAGAUGAUUCAGUACUGCCUCCUCGACAACAACGUUGCCGGUCUAGAAGGCCUUCCUUUGCUUCCUCUCGAUGGAGAUAUUUGGGUUGACUUUUCUCAAAGCAAAGCUCAAGAGAGGUUCUAUGUGCCUCGCCUCGUGUUCGAAACUCUCUCGCAGGCGAACGCGGGAUUGGUGGAUCUGAACGUAGAGGGCUUUCCUUCCGAGCAGAUUAACACCGUCUCCAAAGAUACCAAGUUCUGGAUCCCAAUGUCGCCUUCGUCAAUCGCCAAACGGGUUCGCUGGUCUUUUCAACAGUCUUGCUAUCGGGAUGGCACCGUCCCGGCUGGAUGUAUCUCUCAGACGCCGGAUCGAUUUCCGACGGACGAGUGGAUUAUGGACUUUUGGGAUAUGGCCCGCGAGCUCGAUAGCUGCAAGGAGUUACUCUCAGGACUGGGCGGGGUCCACUUGCUUCCUGUGGGUCAAGGGCAACUGGCACCAUUGUCGACUAAACAACGCGCCGUUUAUCUCAACAGGAUAUCCUUGGGCAAUGUCGGCGUCAUGCAGAAGGCGUGCUCGGUCUUGGAGCUGCAUCUUGGCUGUAACGUUUUGAGGUCAUGGUUUCAACCACCCGCAUCCCUUCGACCGUUUGUGGCCGAAAUCUCGGACGGUAUUGGAAUUCUGGAGCUGCUGUCCAAGACCGGGGCCGACCAACUCGUCGGAUUAUCACAGAAGGAUCGGGCUGAUCUGGCAAAUUAUUUGGCGGAGGUGUUACAGACGACCACCAAGAUCACGGAUGAGCAGCAAGGCGUUCUGAAACGCCUCCCGGUUUACAAGCUGUACAGCAGCGGCAAGAUGGAGCCCCUGGACGCUUCAAACAUCUCGUCGUCGUCACCCAUGACAAUGGCCACCGAGUCAUGGAGACUUGCUCGAGGAUACGGCAACCAGGAGCACCCUUGGCUGCCACCAUCGAUUAGCCUUCUAUCAGACGACCAGCCGUUGAAGGAGCAUAUAGUCAACUUGUUGGGGGUCACUGUGCUUACAGAGUCCGAGUACUGGCACCUAAUCGUUUCCAACCUCACCAACCAGGACGAGAGCGAGUGGGAUGCGAUCAUGACCAAGCUGGCGCCUGCGUAUCAUGUCCACAGUAAGGCCUUCGACCUGGCUUCCGCCCUCCGUAGUGUGCUCUUCGUUUCAACAAAACCGGUAUCAGUGUCAGAGGCGGAGAACACCAAACCUUUACUCACAUGCCGCCUGAGCCCAGAGUCGGUGGUUCAUCCGAGCCUCGCGGCUUUCUUUCAGGACACGGAUGUUGUUUUCCCGGCAGGAGUUUAUGGAGAGGCUCCUUUGUUUGGAAUCUUGUCGGAAUUGGGGAUGCGCUCGACGUUUGAUGCGGCGUUUGUUCAGGAACGUAUCAGGACGUUGUUUGGUUCUGGAGACUUGAAGAUGGAGGAGCAUCGGAUGAUUGUUGAGGCAUUGUAUGGUCGACUGAACACUGAAUGCUCUGAGACAUUUCUUUCACCUGGUCUCCGUGAGGACUUGACGAAAGUGCCGUGGGUCUAUACUGGACCUGAGGGCGGGUGGCACGCUCCAGCAGAAUGUCGACCAGAGGAGGAUCGUGUAUUGGUUGGAGACAAGAUGCCGCUCGCUGCGUUCACCUUCAUGAACGAUGCACUGCUUGACUGUGUUGGGUGGAAGUCGCCGCCGCCAUUGGAGACUGUGCUUGAUAAUCUACUCUCGAUUGCUAGCAAAUACGAGACCCAGGACGGCGAGAGCACAGAUGCCGCCUCGGAUGUUACAAAGCAGCGGGAGAAGGCCCUCAACAGCCUGAGCCUGACACCAAUAUACCAGUACCUGACCGAAAAGACCACGGAGCCCGAGUCGCUAGAGUUCAUCAAGUCGAAAUUACGGAACCAAGCCUGGAUCCUGAUCUCUGGCGCGUUCUAUACGGUCGAUCGAGUCGCACUCAAGAUCCAUUGUGACCUGCAGCCGCAUUUUAUUCAAGUCCCUGCCUCGGAUCAGGGUGACCUCUAUCUGGCCCUUGGUGUACGGGAGCAAAUCCGGCAGGAAGACAUAGAGGGAAUUCUCGCCUCCGUUGGAUCCAAAUACGAGGCUGACGAACCCAUUUCAGCUACAGACGCGGAUCUGGUCUACCGCCUUCUCUGUGGAAUCGCCAAAGGCGACAACCCAACAUGGUCAGCAAAUCUCCUCAUGCUCACCGAGGAUGGGACUCUAAAGCGGGCAGUAGAUGUCGUUUAUGACGAUGUGAACAUCCGACAAGGCGACCUCGCCGCAGGAGACCUGCCUUACACAUUCGUACAUCGCAGGAUCUCGUACGAGGUGGCGGACCGGCUCAAAAUUACCAUGUUCUCGGCGCGUUGUUGGGAGGAUACCAAGGACAACUCGUUCGAACCUUUCUUCCAGCAGGAGAACAUUGUGGAUCGCAUCAAAGGCAUCUUGAACGAUUAUGAUCCCUCGAGUAUCUUUAACGAGUUUUUGCAGAACGCGUCUGAUGCCGGGGCGACAGAGUGUCGGUUCUGGCUGGAACCACGGUCGUUUGGCACGGAGACGGUGCUCAGCAAGCAGAUGGCUGCAUGGCAAGGUCCUGCAUUGAUGAUCUACAACGAUGCCGAGUUUUCCGACAAGGAUUUUGAUGCCCUCUGUAGACUUGGGGUCGGCAACAAGAAGGAGGAUACCUCCAAGAUUGGGCGUCACGGACUGGGCUUCAACUCUGUCUACCAUUUCACCGAUGUACCGAGCAUCGUCAGCGGACCCUACAUCGGCUUCUUCGACCCUCACAUGACCAACCUCCCCAAAAGUCGCGACCGCAACGGAGCCCCUAUCGCCAAAGGCGGCCAUCGAUGCGACUUCCGGAAGCUGAGCAUGGACACGCUGGGGGACCAGUUGGAGCCAUACAAGGGUAUUCUUGGCUGCGAUAUGAGGUCACAUUUCAAGGGCACGCUGUUCAGAAUUCCUUUGAGGAUGAAACCCACCGAAUCCCCUGCGUCGCAAGUGGGAGUGACUGUCGAAUCGACCGCUGAUGCUGCUGCAGGAUCAGGAUUUGGAGGCGUUGAGUGGACAGAGUGGCAGAUUCAGAAGAUGAUGGAGAAGUGGGUCGCCGAUGCCAAGGUCGGGAUGCUGUUCCUGAAGAACGUCAAGACUAUCCGGAUCUCGGAUGGGUUCAGGCCUCAGGUGACGGUGACAAAGUCGGAGUCGGUCAAGAGUGACCUCCUUAAGCCUUCUAGCGAUGCAUCUGGUCCUUCAGAUUCCAUUGUCAAGAUCGAGGUCUCGCCCGCUGAUUCGGCAUCUGAAACUGCAGCGAACUCGCUGUGGCUAGUCUGCUGUGAUGAUACCUUCCCUUCUAAUACGUCUGAUGAUGUCCAACAACUUGCAGCCAAGAGACACUGGAGCCCACAUCGCGGAGUUGCGAUCCAGAUCCAGGAAACAAACCGACCGGACUUUCAUGGCAAACUCUUUGUGCACCUUCCGACCCCCAUUCUGACCGAGUUGCCCUUCCACAUCCAUGGAGACUUUGCCCUAACGUCGAGCCGCAAGAGCCUGGCCGGAGGCAGCGAGGAGGAGAACGAGAAGCGUAUGUGGAACUCGUUCCUUACCGAGAUGUGCUUGCCAGACACCGCUAUUCGCGCGAUGGAGCAACUUAUUGCAGUGAGCUUUACACAUCCGACGGGCUUGGGUCGCGGCCGCCAAAGCUUCAACUCGGCCAACAAGGCAUAUUUUGAUCACUGGCCCCUUAAAGCUAUGAAGGAGUUUCAACCAUUCCUCAGGGCGUUCUUGCGCCGUGCCUACUGCUCUCCGGUGUUUCCUUGCCCCGAUCCCCUUACGGAGUUUCCCAUCCAGUUGAAAGCAGGACGGGACGCCACCCUGCCUGGGCCUGUUACUAUCCCUCCUGGACUGGAGUCGAAGGUCCUUCCGUGGCUGCGCCGAGGAGCCCCCCGAGCUGUCAGUAUUGUUCCAGAUCCCGUCAUGUCGGCCAUCAAGACGGAAUGGAGUAAGGAGCCAAAGUUGUCAUACGCGCAGAUCGAUGGAAAUUUUGUUCGGGACCGCCUCUACUACUCCCCAGAGUUCCUCAAGGACGAGAUGAAGACCAACAAGGAGAGAGAGUGGCUCCUGGGAUGGGCUUUCCAGCCUGUGUUGCAUCCGAACGUGCAAGUGUCCACACUGUACUACAACCUUCCUGUCAUUCCGUUGCUCAACGGAGAGUGGAGGCGCCUUGGGAGUUCCGAGCAGAUGUAUUACGUGGCGACGAACCAUGAGCUUGGACUUCUCAGAGCAACGGACAUCCUAAUCGACAGCAGCGUCUUCAGCAACAAGGAGCUAGGAGAUGUUUUGGAGCGGUUGAUCAUAGGCGGCAACUACAACAUUGAAGAGCUCCCGUCUGAAAUUUUCGCAGCAACAUUCCUCAAGGAAAACCCUGGUGGAGUGACGGAUAAGCAGUUUAAGCAGCUCUGGGACUACAUCGCUGAGGACUACGAGGGACUUCAGACGUUCUGUGAUUUUCCGAUCCUCAAGACAUCCUAUGGCACCAUAACGACACUCGGUAAGGCGAAAACGGGCUUCCAGAUCUCGGGACUCCCAUAUGAGACGGGGCAGACGUUUAUUGUUCUCAUGGAUCUGCUUCGAGAUAUCGGCGUUGUGGUCUACGAGUCGGCAGCGCACAGGGACCACAAGUAUUUCAAGGAAGCGUGCCCAGAGUACUCUAAUGUCCGACUUCUUGAGGCCAUCGUCUCUCAUUGGAACGCGUUGCCAACGCCUCGAGCGUUCAGCAGGAAUGAGGCUGCGGGAAUACGAAACAUCCUAUCGAACCUCAGCGGCAAGGUCACGAAUACUUUGCUCCUCGGUAUUGGCAAUCUCCCGAUAUGGACGACCCAAGGAUCCACAGAUGUCUCUCCGUUGAUCGCUGCCAGUGGAGCCUAUUACCUAGAGGGCCACUUUUCCUUGCGGGGCUUUGGAGUGCUCCCGAUGGUCCUCAGCUCGGACAACGUUCAAAUCCUCAAGCUGAUAGGAGCCACCCCCCUUAGGAUCGCCGUUGCCAUAACGGACAUUGUCCUCCCCAAGUUCCACAGUGGAGAACUCUUGUGUGAAGGUGCCAUCAAGACCACCUACCUCAGUCUGCUAUCAAACCUGUUUCGUGCCAGUACACUUCGAGGAUUUGUCGCGCUAGCCCCACAGAAGGUCUUGGAGACUGCACGGUGCUACAUGGCUAGGGAUGGAACGUUUCAUGGGCGGGGAAUACUGGCUCUUCCUGGUGAGGCAUUGACGGAGUCUGUAUUUGCGGAUCAUACGGAUUUCUUUGCCGAACAGGAGAUGACGGAUAUCAUGCUGCGCUUUGGCAUGAAAUCAAGUCUUCGUUCUUUGAGCAGCCAUCCUGACUUGAUUGUGGAGUGUGCAGAGAAGGUCCUGGCGGAGACGGUGGAUACAGGAGCUAAUCCGGCAACUACACGGGAGCGGGCUGUUCAGUUGGUGAAGUAUAUCUACGAGCAUCCUGAGGCCGGUGAAGUCGACUGGAUGGAUCCCAAGUGGAAGUUUGUACCGCGAGAGACCAACCUAGAGCCGCCGUACGAUAUACUAGCACCCGACCUGCCCGCGUAUAUGGCUUUUUCUCAGCUCUCCAACCCUCGGUUCCGGAACUUCAUAUGGACGCGACGAGGAUUCUUUCCAGCUGACCUGGUACCUUCGCUUGCCUUCCAGACCAAGUUCACCAAGGUGUACUCCUACUCUAUUCACGACACCUACCAGCAUCUGAACAAUCUCGUCAAGCACAUUGCUCCAAAAUGGAAAACGACGGAGCAGCAACACCUUCUCAAGCUCCACCUCUUCCGGAUCUACGGAAAGCUUGAGGAAUUUGCCGCGAGGAACGACGAGUGCCGAGAGACGACGAAGCAGAUGGCAGAGUAUAUGACGACGCCGUACAUCCUGAACGGGAAUAACAAGGAUCCGAGCGAGACGAAGUCCUGGGUCUGGCCGGCGGAUCUCAUGUUCGACAUUGACCAGAACAUCUUGUCAUAUCAAGUCGUCGACCCAUCCUUGCACCAGUACAAGACCUUUUUGGUUACCCUCGGAGCGGAGCAGAUGGAGCAUGUUGAGGGGUUUAUUGAUGUGGCGGACGGGCGCAAGAAGGGUGAGAUGGAGGAUCAGAUCCGGAACUGUUUCGAAUCCCAGGAUCAGCAUACGGGGUUCAUGGAUGUCCGGUUCAAGUUCCGAACGGGCUCGGAUAUCCUAGCGCACAAGGUCGUAUUGGCGAGGGCGAGCGAGUUUUUCUUUAGGCGAUUCACGGGGGUUUGGGCUUCGAGUUUGACCAGGGAUCCUGAGGAUCCGGGAGUGCAUGUUAUUGAUCUGUCGAGUUAUGGGGAUAUUAAGAAGGGGUUCUGGGGGUUGUUGUAUUACUUUUAUUCGGAUAAUCUGAUUGAAAGCAAUGGACCGCCGCUCUUUGACGAUGAGGUUGAUGGAGGAUCGGGAAAGGGUGGCGAGGAUGACGGCUGGGUGAGAGGAGAAGGUGAUAACCAUGCAGAGGUCAAGGUGACCAAGGACAAGUUGGCAGAGCGAGUCCAGUACCUGAUGGGGCUCCAAGGCGUCGCCAACCAGUUUGACGCGAUGCGACUCAAGGACCUGAUCGCCCAAGAGCUCGUCAUGGGUCAAAAGGUCAUCCACAGCAAUGUUUUCAACGUCCGGUCCUAUGCUGAGCGUAACCAGGCGGAGAAUGUGAGGGAGCAUUGCGACAGGUUUAUUGCAAAGAACAAGUCGAGCGUCGUCAAGUAUGUUGAGGGUGAAAUUUUGGUUUUGAUGGAGGAUUUGAAGAAGUCGAGGACGUUGGGGCCCCAGGAGGAUGAUGAGGAUGAUGAGGAUUACGUGCCUUCGGAGAGUGACGAUGAUGGGGAGGCCCAGGAAGAGGUCGAGGAGGUGGUUGAGGAGGAGGAGGAGAGCGAGGAAGUUGGGUCUGAUGACUCUGAGGUGGAAGAGUCCUCAGAGCACGGAUCAGAAGUUGAUAACCAGGAUGAUGAAGGCUCGCAGGAGGCCAGUGCGGACGAAGAAGAGGACUGGGAAGAGACUGAGGAAGAUUGGGAGGAGGCCAGCAUCGAGUCCACAUCUGAGGAGGACGAUUAUUCAGGAAGCGACAGUAACGAAGAUGAAGGUAGUGAGGAGGUUGACGCGAUUGCGUACUUGAACUCGAUCAGUCCGGAGAGAGCGUUGAUGGAGGAAGAGUUGAAGGUGCUGAAGGAGAACUUGGCUGAGUUGUUAGCUUUGCCGUAG